GUUGAUUUCCCCUCGCUGAUGCCUCACAACGGCAACGGCACAAACAACUCCAAGAUCGAGAGACCGUUCCGAACCUUGGCCAAAGGCUAGGUCUUCCUGUUAUUGCUGUCGUCGGAGUGGCUGCCACAAAGGCUUUUGUUGUCCUGUCACCUUCAUUUCAUUUCGAAAUCAAUCUUCCGUUGCCCAUCAUGUCGGAACAAGUACCACGCCCCGAGGAACCGAGUGGUUCUGCUGCCGAUGCGGAAUCCACCGUCACAUCAGGAGUAGCUUUGGCGGCAGCAACCAACUCGAGGCCUUCCUCUAGAACCAGCCACAAUGGGAGUCCGCCAGCUUGCGGUAAGAGAACUCGAACUCCCCUGGAAUCAUCGGAAGGAAGAGUGGCCAGCGAGGAUGGUUGGAACGCAUCGGAUGGUAACCAUACAUGCAGUAUGGUUGGAAGUAGUAGUGGAGUGGAUGGACCGGAAGGAGACGAGGAAGACGAAGAGCCACACGCCAAGAUGCCUCGAAAUUCUCCCACGCCCGAGGAAGAAGAAGAAGAAGACGACGACGAAGAGUUGCAAAAGAUCAAUCAUCUGGAAAAAGAGGACAGAGAAGAAGCAGCAACGUCCAAGAAAUCCAUGGAUACUCCACAACCAAAGAGUGAGAAAGCGGCCCCACAAUACACACAACCACGCGAAAAGAAUCUCCCCCUUGCUUCCAAUCUGAAACAAUUCAUGGAGCCUGGUGCCACCAAACUAUUCCGCCCAAAGCCAGAAUGGUACAAGGGAGAUCAAAACGGCAAUCCAUCGGUGCGACGAAAAAGUCGAACUGCCAACGAGGACAGUCCAUCUACUGGUAGUAGUAGAACGCUGGCGGCACUACCAGAAGGCAGCAUUCUCGAACGUUUGGCGAAUCGCUUUCGAUGCGACUCACAUGGCGAUGGAGGCAACAACAACGACUUUGAGGGAGGACGCAGUGCCGCGGCCUAUUAUGAAAUGAUGGCCAACAUUCACCAACAAAUCCAGGCACGGCACAACAACCGAAAGCCAACGCACGAUAACGACCAAGAAGAAGCAGAAGCAAAUGACAAUCCUCAUCCAGCGACCUUUGGACGAGAUUUUGAUCCCGCAUUGAACGUGUGUAUUCGCGAAAACUGUACCGAGGCAGCAUUAGCACUUCUCGACUAUGGAGCACCCGUCGAAGCUGAAAAUGCAAAAGGCGUCACGCCCCUCAUUGUAGCCAGUCAAAGAGGCAACUUGGUUAUGGUGCGAGAUUUGUUGCAUCGUGGGGCAUUGGCAUCGAGAGCAUCGUCGAAUGGCAUUACAGCUGUCAUGCAAGCUGCCCAUUUUGGACAUUUGAAAUGUCUCGAGCUAUUGUUGCAGGUGGGAGGCAUUUCGUUAAUGGAAAUGGCAAAUUUCAAUCAAACCACUGCCUUGAUGAGAGCCGCUCAAGAGGGACAUAUUGACAUUAUAAAGGCGUUGCUGGAUCGUGGCGCUGCCGUGAAUCGACGAAAUCGAGUCCAAAUGACUGCUUUGAUGUUGGCGUCGCAGCGUGGACAUGCUCAUGUUUGCAGGGAAUUGAUUUAUCGGGGGGCAGAACUAGAUUCCAUGACGGCGCAGAGGUCAACCUCGCUCAUGCUAGCCUGCAAGCGUGGACACAUGGAAGUGGUACGUAUUCUCGUCACGUCAGGAUGUGAUUUAUGGGUCACCGAUUCUCGUGGCAGGACGGCACGAGAAGUGGCGCAGCGUCGCGAAUCCAAGGAUCUCGAAGAUCUGCUAGAUGGAAAUGUGCAGUUGGAUCUCAUGCAGCAACAGCAACGGCAGCAUCGAAACUACACCAUGAUUCUAUUGUGGAAUCUGUUGCAGAAAGAACGCGCCAUGGUACCCUUGUCCACCUCCCUUGACCCUCCACCGUUUCGACGAGUGACCAUUCAUCAAAUCGUGCAGGAAUUGAAUGACCCGUCUCCACGAAAAGAGCUUUCCUUGUCGUCUCCGUACAGCAUGCCAACGACACUUCCGUAUCAUGUUUCCAAAAAGUCGACACAAGCGUUGCUGCGUACAAUGGCAUUGCCAGAAUCACUAGUGGAAUGCAUUACAAAGUUCCUGCCCAUGCCACUUUUAUGGGAACGACGUGUUGGCAUGCUCACGAAGCAAUCCGUGAUAAAUGCCGAUGCAGCUGUUCGCGGCGCGUUGGACAUUAUUGAUGAAAUCUUGGAGGAGGCCGGUUUUGUGGCUGCCCUCGAUUUUGGAAACAUCACACCACCGACGCACUUUAAAAGCUGGAGUGAAUGGAGGGUCUAUUGUCGCCUCAAGUGUCGCCGCGGGGGUCCCGUCCAACUACCUGACGAUGGACCAGAUCGACCCGAGACAACCACUGCGACUCCUCCAACACCGCAGGAUCCGCCUACUGCACUCGAAAUGACACGUCAAGUGGGGUUUCUGCAGAUUUUGUCCCAGCGACGCUCGGUUUUGGCGCACGUGCUCAAGCAAGAGCCCUACAAAAUGCCCGAAACAUUAGUACAACAGCUUAUCACUACGAGUGACGUCCAAUCCUUGGUCCGGAGAAUGGGCUCCAGAGGGGUUCACUUUGAAUCAACCGUGGCAAUGGACUUGAUCAUGUUGAUCAAUCGAUUGUCUUCGUGGUAUGCUCGUCAACGAGAAGACAAGCCCUAUCCAAGCCACUCAGGGGUUGCCCAACCGCCCCAACCAUCACAGCGCCAUCGCACCCUUCCAAUCCGAGUGCCAACAGUGAAAGUCACUGUUCCUUUCCAGUAUGACCCAUACCAACCUACCGGUGCAGGACAAGCAAUCGACAGACACCGGCCAUCAGCCCCGGCACCAUCAGAGGAUCAAAUCUAAAUGUUUAUUUUGUGUAUAAUCCCACUGCGAUAGUGGGACGGAAAUGAAGGAAUGUCCAUAGUUAACGCAGAAGAACGAAAAUAUGAAUAGAAUACGUUGAAUAUGUGC